UUCAUUUAAGAUAUCUUAUCCUCACUUUGUUUCUCCCACACACUCAUUCAAAGUAGUCCCUCUCACUUUCACAGAGAGAUCUUAUUAUCCCUUCUUUAUAGUAUUGUACUCAUUUCAUGUUGCAUCUAUUUUUCUAAAAUUUACUCUAAGUUUUAUCUUCACUCUCAAAUUCUCUUUUACCGGGAGAUCAUAGUCUCAGAUUGUUUACUCAGAUGAACAAUUAUAGGUUCUGUUUCACGGAGAGCUCAUAAUCUCAUACUAUACUCACACUACACUAACAGAAAAGUCAUGGCAGAACUUGUUGCUGGAGCGUUCCUUUCGUCUUUCUUUCAAGUGAUUUUUGAUAGGUUGGCUUCAAGUAAUUUCACUGACUAUUUCCGUAGAGGCAAACUUGAAAAGUUGGUGGAGGAACUUGAGUCUACACUCGAUUCUAUCAACCAAGUGUUGGAUGAUGCAGAGAUAAAGCAAUACCAAAUCCCAAAUGUUAAGAGAUGGCUUGGUGAUGUUAAACAUGCUAUGUAUGAGGCUGACCAACUCUUGGAUGAGAUUGCCACUGAUGCACCAUUGAAGAAGAUAAGAGCUGAAUCUCAACCAUCUACUAGCAACAAUUUUAUUGACUAUGUUUCAGCUUUCAAUAAUUCAUUUGAAUCUCGGAUCAAAGAAUUGCUAAAGAAUCUAAAACAUCUUGCUGAGCAAAUAGAUGUGUUGGAAUUGAAAAAUGGAUCUUUGGCUCUGAAUGAAGUCGCAGUCAGUUCGAAACCUUUAGGAAGACCGCAAACUUCAUAUUUGGUGGAUGCAUCCCAGAUAUAUGGUAGAGAUGAUGAGAAAGAUGAAAUGGUCAAACUUUUACUUUCAAACAAUGACAGUGGCAACCAGACACCGACACCUCUAUCUAGCAUAGUGGGUCUGGGUGGGAUGGGCAAGACCACCUUUGCUAAGCUUGUGUACAAUGAUAGUAGGAUUGAAGAUCAUUUUGAACUUAAAGCAUGGGUUUAUGUUUCUGAAUCUUUUGAUGUUGUUGGACUCACCAAAGCAAUUCUCAAGUCAUUUCAUUCUCCAGCUGAUGAUGAAUCUAUUCUCAAUUUACUUCAACAAAGACUGCAACACAUACUAAUGGGCAAAAAAUACUUGCUUGUUUUAGAUGAUAUCUGGAACGGGAAUGCAGAUUGUUGGGAGCAGUUACUACUUCCUUUUAAUCAUGGAUCUUUUGGAAGUAAGGUUAUAGUGACAACACGUGACAAGGAGGUAGCAAAUGUUUUGAAAUCCAGCAAGUUACUUGAUUUACAGAAAUUGGGGAAAAGUGAUUGUUGGAGUUUAUUUGCAACACAUGCAUUUCAUGGAAAAAAUGUGUGUGAAAAUCCAAACCUUGAAUCAAUUGGCAAAAGAAUUGUGGAAAAGUGUGGAGGAUUGCCUUUAGCUGUAAAAACAAUGGGCCAACUCUUGCGAAAAAAAUUCUCUCAGCAUGAAUGGAUGAAGAUAUUGGAGACUGAUAUGUGGCGUUUAUCCGAUGGGGACAACAACAUUAACCCAGUGCUGAGAUUGAGUUACCAUAAUCUCCCUUCCAAUCAGAAACGUUGUUUUGCUUAUUGUUCUAUGUUUCCCAAGGGUUAUUGGUUUAAAAAAGGUGAAUUAGUCCAGAUUUGGAUGGCAGAAGGUUUGCUAAAGUGUUGCAUAACAGAAAAAAGUGAAGAAGAGAUAGGUAAUGAAAUUUUAGGUGAUCUCGAGUCAAUUUCAUUUUUUCAACAAUCAGUUGAUGAUAAUUACUGUGACAUGCAUGACCUUGUGAAUGAUUUGGCUAAUUCAGUGUCCGGAGAUUUUUGUAUGCAAAUCGACAAAGAUAAGGUGGAAGGUAUCCCUAAAAGGACUCGUCACCUUAGGUGUUCUCUUCGAUCAAAAUUUGUUUAUAAAUCACUAGAUCCAAUUUGUGAGCUUAAGGGACUACGUAGUUUGAUUCUAAAAGGCAAUGGAUCUACCGUGAUAACCAACAAUCUGCAACGUGAUAUAUUUUCAAGACUAAAAUAUUUGCGAAUGUUGUCAUUAUAUGGUUGCUUCAUCUCAGAGAUAGUUGAUGAGAUAGGUAAUUUAAAGCUUCCGCGUUAUCUAGACCUUUCUCUUACUAGAAUUUCAAGCUUACCCGACACCAUUUGUAUGAUGUCUAAUUUGCAAACACUCCUAUUGUGUUACUGUCCUAAUUUGACUGAGCUCCCUUCAAAUUUUUCCAAACUCAUCAAUUUACGUCAUCUCGGACUCCCAUAUUCUUUAAAGAAGAUGCCAAAGCAUAUAGGAAGUCUAAGCAAUCUCCAAACCUUGUCUUAUUUUUUAGUGGUAGAGAAGAAUGGAUCUGAUCUUAAUGAGUUGGAAAAACUAAACCAUCUUCAUGGAAUAAUUCAUAUUCAAGGAUUGGGUAAUGUCAUUGAUUCUCUAGAUGUUGGGACAAAUUUUUUGAAAGAUAAGUAUCUAGAAGAAAUAGAGAUGACAUUUGGUGGCAGAAGAGAAAACGUGGAUGGAUCAAUCGCUGAAAGCAAUGUGUCUAUUUUGGAAGCUCUUCAACCAAAUAGAAACUUGAAGAGGCUCAUCAUCCGAUUAUACAAGGGUAAUAGCUUUCCGAAAUGGCUAACGGGUUGUCAUUUACCCAACUUAGUAUCUCUUACACUUGGGAGAAUGAAGAAUUGGGAGGAAUGGUUAUGUAUUGAAGGUUUUCCUUUACUUAAAGAGCUUUAUAUAAAUGAUUGUCCCAAAUUGAAAAGGGCACCACUGCCUCAACACCUUCCUUCUUUACAGAAGUUGGAGAUUGUUAAUUGCGAGAUGCUGGAUGUAUCAAUUCCCAAUGGUGAUAAUAUCAUAGAGUUAUAUAUAAAGAAAUGUGGUCGAAUUUUGAUAUUUCUCCAUCCUUCGAGACUGGAGUGGGGUUUUCUCCACCUCAAAUCUCUCAAGCAUCUAUGUAUUGCUAACUGCCCUAGUCUUGAGGGCUUUCCCGAGGAGAGUCUACCCAACUCCCUUAUAUCAUUGAGAAUUAAUGAUUGUCCAUUACUUGAAGAGAAGUACAAAAAGGAGGGAGGAGAGCGUUGGCAUACAAUUAGUCACAUCCCUUCUGUGAUGAUUGAUGAUUUUCAUUCAGAGAUAGCAUUAGAUCUACAGAAAUGUUAUCAAAUUUUGAUGAAUGAGUCGUCAUCCAAGUUGAGGUACCUUCAAAUACAAGAUUGUCCUAAAUUGAUUGCUUCGAAAGAGGAGUUGGGUUUGUAUCAACUCAAUUCUCGAAAAGAUUUUUCAGUUAGUGACGACUCUAUGGAGUCAUUCCCCGAAGAGAAUAUUCUGCCACCAACUCUAAAGUCUCUUAAAUUGUACUAUAGUUCGAAGCUAAGAUCAAUGAACUACCAAGGUCUUCUCCACCUGAAAUCUCUCAUUCAAAUAUCUAUUGCUAACUGUCCUAGUCUUGAGCGCUUGCCGGAGGAGAGUCUGCCGUACUCCCUUAAUACUUUGAUCAAUCACAGUUGUCCGUUACUUAAGGAGGAUGGAGGUGAGUGUUGGCAUACAAUUAGUCACAUCCCUACUGUGAAGAUUGACGGAAUUGAGCGGUAGAAAUGACUUCUUUGUCACAGUGGCAACUCUAUAUGACCUCUCUCUUGCAUGUCAGCCUCAAAGAUCUUGCAUUUCCUGCUAACAAGACAUAUCCACUGCCACCAACAUGAAGCACCACAACUUCCUUAAUCUUUUCGACACUUUUCAAUUUGUAUAUAUUCCUUCCUAGAUCAUACACUGGAAGUUGAGUUUCCAAUUAAAUGAUGCUAUCAUUGCAAUACUUCUAACAGAAUUCAAGAAAUUUACAAAGCACAUUAUG